CCUCGGUGGGUAACGACGUACUGACGUAAGACGUGUGAACAACAAACAGUUGUUGGACUUCGACAAGCUAGCGAUCGGUACCGCCAGACACAGACAGUCCCGACGGUCUUCUCCCGCACAGACGCGGACCUGCGGCACCUAACCGGUGGGAAUAUCUCUAGUAGAAUCACCCCACGGUUGCCGCUGUCCGUGCCGCCGACUCCGGCUCCGGCCCGGUUCCCUGGCGCCGACGUUAGCCACGGAAACAUGCCCGUCGCUCGGACUGUGACGCCUGUUUUUUUCUCCGGCUGGUAGCGGGAUGUGAUGCGAGCCGAGCUGCGGCACGACAGCGGGUGAGACGACAGCCACCGCCGGGACACGCAGAUUUGUUUUCUGGCCACGGGAGAAUGGACUUUGUCGGGGGCGAACACAUCGGCUCACCGAAGGAGGCAGGCAUGCGACCGCACACGGGCCCGCGCGUCGUUGUUGGCCAACAACUUUAGCAAGCUAGCUCGCGUUAGCUCGCUCACGUUCAUGCAAAUGAAUCCGACCGGUUCAAGGCAGUAAGCUCCCGGAGAGACGUGUUCACUACAACCGUGUGGCCCCCUCCGACACCGUGUGGUCCUCUCCGACACCGUGUGGCCCCCUCCGACACCGCGUGGUCCUCCGGUCCUCCCGGACACCGUCGUGGACGAUGUGCUGACGACCCGGGAGCCUCCGGUCGGUCCCGUCUUGAAGGAGCAGGACCCGGUUGCCCCGCGGGGGGAUAGUUGAGCAAAGUUGCCAGGAUGCACCACAAUCUGCCUGUGAACUGUGGUUUGUGAAAGUCAAAUCACCCCCAACACAACAAACCAGGCCCGGGAUCUAUUUUUUAAUUGCACUUGAAUAUAGUUUGGUCAAUCGAGGACCAGGAGUGGUGCACUUCUCCUUCUACUGUUGUGAGAGUGUUUAAUAUAAUAUCCAGGCUGUCUGGCACAGUUAAAGACUUGAGUUUCACUGGAGAUGAAAACAUGAAUAUCGAAGAGCAGCGUCUAGAUUUAUGCAAUGUCAAUACGAAGAGUAACAUGGACGAUGACGACGAUCGCAACACCACCAACAGCACAGAUGGGGUCACCCCUCGGAUCUCUGAACUGAUGACAGAUAACGACACAGAAAAGCAAAUCGUUGUUCCCACCGAGACCCCUGAAACGUACGCGAUGCCUCAGCUCACUGACAACCGUCAGCCAGCUGAGGAGAACAACCACCAGGUACAAGACACACUGGAAGUCGACGAGGUCAACGGAAAUGGAGAGAGCACAGGCCAGCACGACCCUGCGGUCGCGGACCCCACUGACCUCAUCUUUUCCAAUGAGCAGCACAAGGGCGAAACUGGGGUGGAGGAAAAGAAAGAGGAUAAAGACACUGAUGCGGUUGCAGGUGGAAGGGUUGGCGCAAGGGUCACGGACGUAGGUGUGGCUCUGAGUCUGGACGAGAGUGGGGUGUUGGAGGCUGAUCUAACAAACGCCACAUCGUUGUCGGACAGUUCGCCAGACCCGGUGUCCACGUCGCAGGCCGUCCCAGCUGGCAGCGCGGCGGAAAGCCCGUCAAAUGCGAGCCAGGCGUGCGGCACAGAGGCCUCUGCCUCGGACCAGGUUGGACUGUACCCCUCGGUGGAGGAGGAGGACGAUAAACACAAACCAAAUGGCAAAAGGGUGACAUUCCCUUCAGAUGAGGACAUUGUCUCUGGAGCAGUGGAGCCCAAGGAUCCCUGGAGACACGCUCAGAAUGUGACGGUGGACGAGAUCCUCUCUUCCUACAAACAGGCCUGUCAGAAACUCAACUGUAAACCUAUACCCAAAGUGCUCAAACAGAUACAGGAAUUGAAAGACCUGACACAGCGAAACGAAUGCUUGGAUCUGAAAGGUGAGAAGCUGGACUAUAAAGCAUGUGAGUCCCUGGAAGAGAUUUUGAAGAGGGUCCAGUUUAAAGUCAUAGACCUGGAGCAGACCAACCUGGAUGAAGAUGGUGCAUCAGCUCUGUUUGACAUGAUAGAGUAUUAUGAGUCUGCCACACAUCUCAACAUCUCCUUCAACAAGCACAUUGGCACGCGAGGAUGGCAGGCCGCGGCUCACAUGAUGAGAAAGACAAGCUCUCUGCAGUACCUCGACGCACGUAACACUCCUCUGCUGGACCACUCUGCUCCCUUUGUGGCACGAGCGCUCAGGAUCAGUGGCAGCUUGGCAGUCCUCCACCUGGAGAAUUCUGGCCUGUCUGGCAGACCGCUCAUGUUACUAGCGACGGCUCUGAAGAUGAAUAUGAACCUGCGGGAGUUGUACCUUGCAGACAACAAACUCAAUGGCCUGCAGGACUCAGCCCAACUCGGCAACCUGCUCAAGUUCAACUGUAACAUCCAGAUCCUGGACCUGCGUAAUAAUCACAUAUUAGACUCUGGUCUGGCCUACGUGUGUGAAGGACUGAAAGAGCAGAGGAAAGGACUCGUCACUUUGGUGCUAUGGAACAACCAGCUCACACACAAUGGCAUGGGCUACCUUGCUGCUGCACUGCCAUGCACCCAGAGUCUUGAGACUCUGAACCUUGGCCAUAACUCGGUGGGUAAUGAAGGGGUCCACAAGCUGAAAGACGGACUGAUUAGCAACCGUUCUGUGCUCAGACUGGGCCUUGCUUCCACCAAACUGUCCUGCGAAGGUGCGGUGGCUGUGGCAGAAUUCAUCGCAGAGAGCCCGAGAUUGUUGCGCUUGGACCUGCGAGAGAAUGAGAUUAAGACGGGUGGACUGAUGGCACUGUCGCUCGCCCUAAAAGUCAACACCUCUCUGCUGCGUCUCGAUCUCGACCGGGAGCCCAAGAAAGAAACUGUGAAGAGCUUCAUUGAGACUCAGCGUGACCUGCUGGCUGACAUCCAGAAUGGCUGCAAGAGGAACUUCAUCCUGGCUAAAGAGAAGGAGGAGACUGAGCAGAAGAUGCGGCAAUCGGUCUCCAUGGCUGAAAUUGCCACGGAGGAUGGAACCAGAGAAGAAGGGGAGGAGGAAGAACCAGUGCCAGAGGAGAUAGGUGACAGCGAGGGGAAAGAGGAAGAAGGGCAGGGGAUUGAAACAACAGGAAUUGAAGAACAGACAAGCAGCCAGUCAGGAGCAAGCUCGGAGACAAACGUGGAGUCGGACUCAGACACUGAGGAUGAGGAGGAAGAAGAGGUGGUAACAAAGUCCUCCUCCACCCACUCAAACCAGGCUGCUUCUCAGACCCAGCAUGGGGCUGCACAGCCCCCCCUCAUUGCCUCAAGGAUGUCCCCGUCCCCGUCUGCUUCACCUGCCGGAGGGCCAAGUGCCGUUUCCGGCAUCACCGUCACAGAAGCCACAGUUCCUACUGGCACACCUCCAUCUCCCGGCCGCUGUAUAUCAGUCUCAAGCCCGGGGAGGGGUCAUAAGAUCUUCAUGGUUACCCGAGUGGAAAGCCCCCCUAAGCAGCAGCAGGUACAACUCCAGAUAGGUGCAUUGGCAUCUCACAGCCAAGUUAAAGAUGUCUCCAAAAAGCCCAUGACACAGCGGACACAGCCACCGCCUGCAUCUCAGACUCCUACACAAACAUCGCUGACAUAUGAGGACGGGAAGGAGCUCUCACCUGCACCUGCACCGUCAACAGACUGUAAACUGAUAGAGCAGAGAGCUAUAGCACACUCAGAGUCCACACUCAAUACUACACAGACCCACACACUAGAGACACAGUCUACAAGUCCACGCACAGAGGAUGUGACAGCUACUACUUUCGACCCAGAAGUGACAGAUCCAAAUCUACGAGCACCAGCGCUGCCUUCAGAUUCUUCACCAGUAGAGGCUGGAGCAUUUCAGCUCUCUGAGGAGGUCGUACAGAGCACGCAAAGCCCCCAACUUGAACCCACUUGUGUCGAAGGAGAGAAAGAAGGAGAGGAGGAGAAGGAAGGUCUUAGAGAAGAUAACAGAGAAGUGAUGUCCCCUAAUAGCACAGAAGAAGAGUACAAACAAUUUGACAAACUGAGUCAAACCCAGGUUUGUGUCGCUGCAGUCGAUACACAACGGUCAGCGUCUGCACAUGACCAGCUACAGAAUGAGCUCCAGUCCGCGUCAAAGGAGACCAAGUCAUCACAGUGGACGGAGGAAGAAGACAAACAGGAGGCACUUCCACAAGAAAAGAGGCAGGAAGCACCGGCCGGCUUGUCAGAAAUCAAAGAACCCAGUUUAUCAGAGAAAGAAGAAAACCCGCAAAACAAGGAGGAACCAAGUCCAAAUCAGCAAACAGAGGCCGAUGAACAGAGAGUAGAGUCUGUUAUCCCUGUCCUGGCUGAUCAACAGGCACCAUCCAACUCUCAGAGUGAAGCUCAGGAGACUAAUCUUCGAGCAGAAGAAGCCUCAGAGAGUCACGAAUCUGCCACGACCGGCUCCCCAGUCGAAGUGGACGAUUCACCUGACGAGAGCUCUGCAGAUGAGGCCGAAUGUUUCUCCGAGGCUCUGGAGGGAGAGGUGGUCAGUUUGGCUCUACCCAACGGCCUCAAGCCCGAGUUCUCCCUCCAUCUCCUCGAUGCUGAAAGCCCCAAGCCGGGCAGCUGUGUGAUGGAGCACGUGAGUGUCAGCUGUGGACAGGACCUGGAGGAGCUGCUGCUAGAAGCCAGUUUGGAUACAGGAAGAGACGCACCAUGAGGUUGUGAGGCCCCGCGAGGACACAGGAGAAAACAGCACUCUACUAUGUGACUACAAUGUUUUUUGUCGUACCUUUGACUUUACCACCAACAUAACUUUCCCAUAAAGGACAGAGGACCUGGUGAAGCUCUGUGCACGAACAUACAAGCAAUUUAUGGAAAGGACACAAAGGACAAAGAUCCAACUGCUGUCGAGCUCGGCUGUGACGAAUAAGGAAUCCUCUACAUCCACACUACAUCCACCAAAUAAAUAAAAUCACCCUGUUAUCACUACAUUUUGUCAAUCUUCAGUCUUUACACAAAAAGCUACUGCCGGUGAGUGAGGAAGAAGAGAGGAGUGGAGGAUGAAACCUGAACCAAAGACAGAACACAGACCUUCCCCUCCAUCCGCACCUGCUCUCUUCUGUAGAUUUCCACUGUAGUUGGGGAAAUAACUAGCAAUUCAAGGUUUUUUUUUCUUCUUCUUAAAACACGACGCACAUGACGAUGAAGACGAUAAUGACAAAGGUAUGGUUGGUGGCACACUGAAGACACGUUGAUAGUCGGGGACCCUGCUGGCUUUAAACACUUGUUCUAGAGGUGUAGGCACCGACAAAGGCUUUUAUAUUCACGGAAGCAGAAGAUGUUCACGUUUGUUUAAAUGUCGCUGUUUUACGUCUUGUGUCCCCGUUCCAAAUGAUUCUCCCUGUUUGGGAAAAAAAACACAACUCUAAGGGACUUUUGCCAAAGUGACUAUCCUCUUGUCUGUUUUCUUGUCCUCUGCUCACUUUGGCCCCUCAGGAAUCAGUGUCCCCCUCCCCACCUCCCACCCCUGCAGUCAGUCUCUUCAGAUCUGCUGAAGCUGCCUCCCGCCUGUCCACCGCUACAACCACACCACUUUUUGUCACAAAGCUGAAAAAGAACUUGAGUAAAAGUAAUACUGAAUGCUUUUGAUUCAUUUGUCUACAGUAAAAAGAAGAAACAAAGUUGUUGUCCUCAACUCUCUGGAACUUCAGACACCAUUAUUAUUGCUUUGUUCAGUCACUGUUCCUCCUCUCCCUCAGUCUUCCGCUCUGCCCCAGCUCAUCAUUCAUGUUGCCUUCAAACUCAUCGCUUUAGAUUCAUUCUUUGUUUUUUCUUUUGGCUGCUUUGAGAAAUCAAUUAUUUUCUAUUUAUUUUAUGGCGACAUGAGCCUUUUCUGAUUAUUUCCCCCUCCUCAUGUCAUCUCUUUUUCAUUUAGGGGUUUGCCUUUAAAGGUGACCCUCAUUUUGUGAUGUAUAUUUCAGAUUAAAGCAAGAGCAAAUAUUUAGUUGGGGGUUUUUUUGGUUUGUUUUUUGGGGGGGGUUAGUCUGUGUUGGUAGGAAAGGUAUACAUGAUUGAAUUGUUGACUGUUGGUAGCAAUCGGGGUAAUGAGAGCAAACACAAUGGCGCUGUUACGUAACCAAAUCCCUGUUGCUUUAAUGCUUCUGUGCUGGGUGAAUGUGUGGCCACAGGGGGGCGCUGGUGGUCGUGUUUUUAAAGGGUUUCACAGCAUCAUGUCUGACUCCUGGGGCCCUGACGUCUCCGUUCAAAUCCAUUUCUUGUCCUGAAUUUUCCAAAGCAAGGCAGAAAAAACGUCAUUGUUCAUGUAUGUUUGUGAAGAGAAACUGUUUCUUUUCUUUUUUCUGAGACAGAUACAGAUAUUUUUUUUCCUUUCUUCUUUUUUUCUUCUUCUUAAAAGGAGCAUAUUUCGACCCCCGCCCCAACAGAGAUUUAGCCCCCAACUGUUUGUAAUGCUUUAAUUUUUAGAAAUUUUUAAAAAUUAUUUGUUAACUUAAUUGAAAUGUGCCGGAAAUCACAAAGAUAUGUAUGGCGAAAUCUGUUCCUCUCAAAUAAAUGCAUGUAAUGACAAA